CGUCGAGGCCACACAUACGCACGCUAGUCUUACAGGCAUUGACGUUUUAUGCAGAGUUGACGGCAAAUGGUCAGUCCUGUGUGGUCGUAUUCUUCAAGCUGCCUGAGGGGACAUAACAGCCUAGCGACAUCGUCACGGACAUUUAGUUGAUUACAGACAGAAAUACCACACUACUAACGAACUGACAAGACCUGGUAUGGCAAACAUGUGUUCCAAUCGCUUCCAAGUUUUGUGUCAUGAACAAGUUAUUCGACUUCAUGAGGUUAUGGAAGACGUGGUUCCUAUUCACGGUCGCGGAAAUUUCCCUACUCUGGAGUUGAAAUUGAAAGACUUGGUAGUAAUUGUCCGUGAUAAAUUGAAAAGUGAAGGGGUUGUAAUACGUGACAUACGUUUGAAUGGUGGUGCUGCCAGUUACAUCCUUGGAACGGAUGAGAUUCAAUCGUACAACGACUUGGAUCUGAUUUUCGGAGUGGACCUGUCAAACCACAACGAGUUGCAGAAAAUCAAGAACUGUGUGCUUGGCUGCCUGCUGGAUUUCCUUCCAGAUGGUGUAAGUAAAGAAAAAAUGAGUAGCUGCAGCUUAAAGGAAGCUUAUGUGCAGAAGAUGGUGAAAGUGUGUAAUGAACACGGGGACCGGUGGAGUUUAAUUUCGCUGUCAAACAACAAGGGGAAAAACGUGGAACUCAAAUUCGUGGAUAAGAUGAAACGUCAGUUCGAGUUCAGCGUUGAUUCUUUUCAGAUCAUUCUGGAGAGCUUGUUGACCUUCUAUGAUGUCUCUGCGACACCAAUGAGUGAGCACUUCUACCCAACUGUUGUGGCAGAAAGUCUGUAUGGAGAUUUCUGUGAGGCAUGGUUUCACUUGACAAAGAAGCAAAUAGCUACCCGAAACCCAGAGGAAAUUCGUGGUGGUGGUUUGUUGAAAUACUGCAAUUUGUUAGUGCGGGGAUUCAACCCUGCAGAGGAUGUGGAUAUAAGGACCAUGGAAAGGUACAUGUGCUCAAGAUUCUUCAUUGAUUUCAGUGAUAUUAACCAGCAGAGACAAAAGCUUGAAGCUUACCUUACAAAUCAUUUCAGUGAGGAUGAAGAAUACAAGUAUGAAUAUCUGAUGACAUUGUAUCGUGUUGUGGAUGAAAGUACCAUCUGUCUUAUGGGUCAUGAAAGGAGACAGACACUCAAUCUGAUCCAUCAACUUGCCUGUCAAGUUUAUGUGGAACAAGAACAGAAAAGUUCGCAGAAAUGUAUUGAACUCCAACAGUUGGACCAGCUGAACAAUCUUGUGAUCGAUCAGGUGUUCUAUGGCCCAUUCAGUGCACCUACCACAAGUCCAGGCAGCCAGUAUUACAACUACACCUACUCUCCUUCAUCUGCCUACCAGAUUGGGACCAAUACAUGUCCCUACUGUCCCCCUUAUCUGCAGUGUUCAUAGUCAGAACACAUCAUGAUCUCGGCUUCAAAUGGUGAGAGGCUACCAUCCUUUUUGACAAUAUUCCAAUUUUCUGUGAUCAUAUUUUUCCAGUUCAUUUCAGGGCAAUAUGCAUUGGUUGGGGGUUACUUAUUUUGUUCCAACAUUUGCUCCGUGUGAAUGGAUAUAUCUUUCUUUCAAUUGGAUGAAACUGUGUCAUUUUCUUUCAUAUCAGUGGCAGCGUUUGAAGCAUCAUGUCUUCAUACUUUGGACCCAGGAUGUGAUAAUAAAAGUGGCUUGAGUUAUGAACUGGGAAAUAGACCAGCAUUAGCCUUACACGAGGAACAUAUUUUUGCAACAGACUAGAUGUGUGCAAGUGGACUGAAAGUUCUCUUAUUGUUCCAUGUACAAAAUCAUUUGUUCUCAAAUCAGAAUAUCUAUUCUAUAAAUAUGUUAUUACUUUGUUGCUUUAUCUAGCCUAGUCCUCUUCAGAGUGCACUCUAUUUUUUUAAACAAGUGCUCAAUAUUUGAGAUCAAAACUAGAUACAUCUCAUAUUUUGUAUCAAUGUGAAUUUAGACUAUUAACUUGCAGCCUACAGGUUAUUUAGUCAUAAUACAGUGUAUAUAAUACGUUAAUCAAAAAAAUCUGUGAUGCUUAUGUCUUACUUCGACAUAAUUGUUAGUGCUCCCUUCAUUCUGUAACUGAACAAUAUUUAACCUGCAAAGCAACAUGAAGUAAAAGACCAACACAUGUAACAGGGCUUUGCUUGUUAGCUGACAACUGAACUGAAUAUUUUCAUGUUGUUCCAUUGCCAAACUUGGUCAAUUCUGUGAGAAGUGAAAAUGUCUGACUGUUAUCCUCUAGUCUUUCAUACAUUUUUUUCUCUGAUAGUUUAUAUGGCCCAGCGAUGUUGUCAUUGAUUUGUUAUCAGAUUAUAUCUGUUACAAAGGAUCACUAAUGUAAGGGAGUGAUUGUUUGAUAAAUGUUUGUUGCAGACUAUUAAGACAAUAUUUUCUUUACUGUCUCACAAGACCAGUUGUAUAAAAGAUGAAAUGUCACUGAAUCUCAACACUAUACCUCAGCAAAGUCAUUUAGUAGACCUUUCCUGUGGAGAAAUACUAAAGAAUAUACUUCAGUCUGUUUUUUGAAGAAAUGCAAUACUGUUGAAUUAAGAAAUUUGAAAUUGUUAGUUUGUUUACCCUUUCAGUUUUGAUGUUGUGACAAAAUGGUGAUUGCAAUAACAGUUUGUUGAAAUUUAUAGUUCACAAGUUGUAAUUUGUUUGCAGUUCAGUAUAUCAACAAGUACAAUUCAAGUGUCUGAACCCAGGAAAUGACUUUGGUGCAAAGGUUCGGACUAACAAUGCUACAGAAGUUGAUAAUUAGGAGUUGUGACCCACUUAGAAUGCUCCAGUCUAAACUUAAAGUAAUUAUUGUUAUGUUCUUGUGAGAAAAAAUCCUUUGAAAAAUGUAUAGUGAUGAUAUUUGUGAUAAGUCAUCUUAUGCACUAUAGUAUUUUUCAUAUUUUAAGCAGGGAGUUAAUUGUCUCUUUCAACAGGGCUCGAUUUAAGCAACUUGAUCUAACUUGCACUGCAUACAUGUUGACAUGAAAACCUACCUAUGGUCCUUGGUCACAUAAAUGUAACCAAAUGGAUGAAUUCUCAAAUUACUGACAUGAUUUUCAGGCAGACAGUGCUUACUGUAAAAAGACUUGCAUGAUAGCUGUCAUUUAGUGCAUAAUUAUUAUUAUUAGGUGGAUAAUUUAAAUUCUGAAACAUGAAACAGAUGUCAACAUCAGUUAGAGAUGCAGCUACAGUUAGGUACAGUACAUAAUCUUGAAGUACCCGCAGUUUUAGGAUGUCAGGCCCAAGAAAGCAUGAUAAAUUACAUGGAACACCAGGAUUAGUAAUGUUGUGUGCCUCGAGGUAUUGAGUACGUUCAAAGAUUGAUGUUGUAUUGACAAUUAAGGUUUAGUCAGGGUAAAAAAAUUGAAAUUCGUUUACAUUAAUGUGAUUAAUACUAGGUUGCUUUUAUAAUAUCAGGUUGUACUUGUGCAUGUUAUAAAUUGGUAAAUCGAACCCUGUUUGAACCAGUAAUAGGGUAAUAUCAUUUGUUAAUAGUGAGCAUAUUGAAAAAGGAUGUUUGUCAAAUUAUCUUACAUGCAGUGUUAUGUUAAGAAUCUAUUACGAUUAAUUAUGUAUGUGAAAAGCAUUUCUUGGUUUCAUCAUAUGAUUAUUUUGUAUAUUAAUAUUAAAUAAGGUUAUGGCAACCAGUGUUCGAAGAUAAGCUUGUAAGUCUAAGGGUCCUUUUCAAAACCAUAGUGUUAAACGAUAAAGGUUUAGGGGAUCCACAGGUUCGAAUACCAUUGGAAAAGACGUCAAGGAAUCAAGGAUUUUUAUGUUUUGAGUUCUUGCUAAAACUAUUGACUGGAAGACAAAUUGAAAGCUUAGACUAGUUCACAUCAGCAUUUGGUAGACAAACCUUGACAAGAUUAACUUUCUACGGAUUUGUACUCUUGGCUAAAGAUAAAUCAUAAGCUGAUAAGUUCCUUAUAUUGAUUAUUUAGUGGGCCCUAGUAAAUAGUUUCUUAAUGUAAAUGAUAAAGUAAAAGGUAGGUUAACAGUAGUAGCAUGUCACUCCAGAUCGCAACUAGGUCAUGCAGCCUACAUCUGCUGAGUACAUAUUUAGGUACGCAUGCUCUCGGCAUACACUCAUAUGUCAGGAGUUCAGUGCUUAGUGUUAUCUUCCUUCUGUCAUUCAUUACCGUAGCCAACUUUUUCUCUUGAAUUAUGUUAGUGUCCUGCAGAUUUUUUUACAAACAGGCUCUGAACUCUAUUAGGAACCUUUCAGUACUAAUGAAAUAACGUUCAGUAAGGGCUGAUCCACCAAAGUUGUUUUUCCUAACCAUAUUGCUACAUACUGAAAAGUUCUUGGCUUUAAGAAUAUUAAUUAGUGUUUCAGAUUUAACAGGCCCCAGAUAUUUAGUUUUCUUGUGUAAAAUUAAGGUAAAUAACAAUAAACCUAUACAGUCAAACGCACCUGUUCUUCACCAUUCUUUACUGUGGUUACCUAUGUGCUUGUGCUGACAUGACUAUACCACACACAAGUUGUGAGUCUGCUAUGCUCCUCGCUUGUAAGUCCUUGUGUACACUAUGUACACAGUUGGGAAAUUGAUCCUGUUAAUGGUUGACCUACAUUUGCAUAAACCGAGGGAUUCGCCUCUCAAAUGUGUUGAGUCUGUAAGUAGACCAAGGGCUGAUUUACUCUUUGGAAACACUAAUAAUUAAAAUUGGUUUUGAAAAGAAGUAUAAGUUGCUAUAUAUUUUAAUCCCUUAAGAAGGAGCUGGCUACUUACUGUUUAAUACAGGUGGUAUAUAUAUAUUUGAGUCCUUUUGAACAUAUCUUCAGGUGAAACACUUGUAUGGAAAGAUGUGAUUGAAAAGAACCCAUGAAUUCCCCAAUGUUGUUUUGGUUUUUUAAAGAACAUUUAGAUAUGAAAUGUAUAAAUUAAAAACCAAAAUAGAAAAUAUUGUUUUGUUUUCAAGAUGGUACUUGAAAAGAAUGAAUUUACAGUUUGCACCUACAUUUUGUAAACCUCUGUAUAGUAAAAUUUCUUUCAGUCUAGUCAGCUUUAUAUAUGAUGGCCUGUAACAGAAUCUAUGACAGUUAUGCCAAAGGACAAGUUCACCAUGUUCAGACAACUAGACUAAAAUGGUUCUGUAGUAGUACUAGCACUAAAAUUGUGAUUUACCCUUCAGAGUAACUGUAAGGGUAAUAUCUCCAAGUCAUAUUGGAAAUGAUUUCUAUCGGUUCAUUAUGUACCACUAAGCUAUAUAAUCCUGGGUUUGACAACACUGUUUGGUUCCUACCCUUUUUUCUCUUUAUUGCUGGGCAUGCUUAUCAUAUGUUACAAGUUUUCAUUGUUUGGCAUAUACAAAGACCAUGACAUGAAAUGUGAUGCACAGCAUGAACAGAUCUGAAUGUUGCCUGUUCCAUGGCUUAAUGUUUCACUAUCAUUGUAAUGAAAUUGCCAUAACUGUACUUCGCACAAGUCUUUUAGACACAAGACAAGCCAACUAGCCAUGUAAUGAGAUGAUAAUUUGUCAUUUAUUGGUUAUGUUACACAUGUAGAGUGAACAUGUAAUUGCUUGACAUGGAAGUUUAUCUGUGUGAUGGUAAUACAUAAAUGUUUUCAGUAUAAGGGAAUUAGUUAGUGGGAUAAUAAGUAUAUGUUUGAAGAAGUGUGUUAGGACAUUUGGACUAAGGCCACAUUCAAAGAAAUUUUUCGUCUCAUAGCUGGUCAAUGAACUAAUUAGAAAUGUGAUUGGAAUUUAUUUUGUGUUUCAUUACCAUGAUUACCCAUUAUGUUUUGUUAUUCAGUGUAUAGGAAAUGAGUUCAUUUGUAAUGUACAUGACAAACACCAAAUCUUUUAAUAGGUACUUUGACAUUUUUUUGAAUGAGGUUUUGUUUAUUUUCUUCACGAUGAUUCCCCCUACAAAUGAAUGAGGUAAAUUUUCAUUUUGUGCCCAAAUUUCUUCUGCCUUCUGACAAUAUUACCAGUUUCUUUUGCUGUGUAAUUAUUCUGGGUUAAUGUUGCAAAUUGUUUUUGUAUUUAUAAGAAUCAGUUGUCGUUCUGACAUUGAUUCUACACUGACCAUGUGACAGAUCAAUUGUAUAAAUGGUAGAAAAGCAUGAAAAGUAAUCAUAUGACGGUCAUUUCAUUACUUGAAGGGGACCCAGUUUAUUCUUUUGAAUUAUUCAUUUGUCAUUUCAUUAAUGUUGCAAAUGAAAUAUAUUUUUGUGAUCAAAAGAGCUUAUGCCAAAGUAUUUUGUCUUGGCAGUGAACGUUAAAUGCAGCGGCUAUAACUGGUGCAGGCGUGCACCUACAACAUAAACUGUCAGUUGUCUGCAGUGAUAAGCAAGGUGCAGUUUCAUUGUUUAUUCUAUUGUGUCAUACCUACAGUUGAAAUAUAUUACUCUGUAUAUUUCAAAGAAAUUCCAGAAUAAAAUAUUUUGAUCCAAA